UAAACAGAAAGUCUGUCAGAGAGAGCAGGCAGCACUCAGCAGCAGCAGCAGCAGUAUUUGUAAUAUUUACUGUCUGUGAUUUGUACUACAAUCCGUGGCAUUAUAACUCAUAGUUUAAGUAAUCAAUCCUCUUCACUGCAUUAAAUAUGUUCAACUGAAAACCUACUUCAUCAGGAUGAUCUCUCAGGUCUUCAUCUUGUCUUCAAAGGGCGACCACCUCAUCUACAAAGACUUCCGUGGAGAAGCAGGAAGUGAUGCUGUCAAUAUUUUCUACGAGAAGGUCACAGCGCUGACUGGAGACCAGCCUCCAGUUGUCAUGAAUCACAAAGAUCUUCACUUCAUCCACGUCAGACAGGGCGGGCUGUACUGGGUCGCCACGACAACAGCCGACUCCUCCCCCUUCACUGUCAUUGAGUUCCUCAACAGACUAACAGCUCUGGUCAAAGAUUACUGCGGCAGCCUGUCUGAGAAAUCUGUGCAGAUGAACUUUGCUCUCAUCUAUGAGCUGCUGGACGAGGUGGUGGACUUUGGUUACAUCCAGACCACAUCUUCUGACGUCCUGAAGAACUUCAUCCAGACUGAAGCGGUCUCCUCUCGACCGUUCAGCCUGUUCGACCUCAGCAACGUCGGCCUGUUUGGAGCAGAGACGCAGCAGAGUAAAGUAGCCCCGAGCUCUGCGGCCACCAGACCAAUCCAGACCAGCAGAGAGCAGGGAGGGAAGAGUGAGAUAUUUGUGGACGUGAUAGAGAGGAUGUCGGUCGUCAUCGGCUCCAACGGAGUGGUGAUGAAGGCCGACAUCGAGGGAGAGAUCAAAGUCAAGUGCUACAUGCCGAGCUGCUCAGAAAUGCGGAUCGGCCUGAAUGAAGAGUUCAGCAUUGGCAAGUCACAGCUCAGAGGUUACGGAUCUUCUGUUCGUGUCGACGAGUGCAGCUUCCACCAGGCGGUCCGACUGGAUGAGUUCGACAGCAACCGGAUCCUCCGCCUGUGUCCCAGUCAGGGAGAGCAAACAGUGAUGCAGUAUCAGCUGAGUGAUAAUCUGCCCUCAGCUCCUCCUUUCAGACUCUUCCCGACAAUCGAGAGAGACAGCGGAGGAAGGCUGCUGAUGUAUCUGAAGGUCCGCUGUGAUCUGCCACCAAAGAGCGCUGCCAUCAACGUGUGUGCGUCUGUCCCUGUCCCUAAGGGCUCUGUGAGUUUGUCUCAAGAGCUCAGCAGCCCAGAUCAGAGCGCCGAGCUGAAGCAGCAGAGUCGAGCUGUUGAGUGGAAGAUCCCCCGCUUCACUGGAGGAACACAACUGUCUGCUCUGUUCAAGCUGGAGGUCCCUGGUCUCAGCUCGGCCUCCAUGUUGGAGGUCGGUCCAGUCGGUCUGAGCUUCGAGCUGCCUAAACUCACUGUCACAGGGCUUCAGAUCCGCUUCCUCCGCCUGUCACCCGUCCAGCCCGGCCCGUCGCAGCGCUGGGUCCGCUAUGUCACACACUCUGACUCCUACAUCAUCAGAGUUUAACCCCCAAAAACCUCUGCUUCAAAGUACCCGUCAGUUUUAUGAUGGAGCUGCAGGAAAAUCUGGUUUAUAGACUUUGGGGCCACAGUUCAUGUUUUAUCUGUACAUUUUUUUGGCUCCAAUGAGAAAAUGUUAUUCUGUUUUUGUGUUUUAAUUUAUCUCAGCUCAACAGAUACAGUUUGUGUGUAAAUAAAAUAUGAAGCCAUGUGUCAUCUUUA